GACGGACGUCGAAAUGUGACGGACCUCCAGCGCGCCUGCUUGAAGACAGCGCAUAUAUCUUUCACGUUUUUAUAUUUUGUUACGUAUUUGGAGGUUUUAUAAAAACAGAAGAAUUGCGAAUAACUUAAUUUUGGAUUAAGCAAAAUUUUUUUGUUGACGUGAUGUUGGACCGAAGCAGGACCACAGUUCUGGCGGACAUCUUGUUUUUCAGCAGUGAACUCUCCUCCAAAGACCAGCGCAUCCACUGCCGCUGCUCCCGGGCUUUUGUCAUAGACCGCGAAUUGUAUCGUUCUGACAAUCGACUUCUCAAGAAUGAAACACAGCCAGAGGAUGAGUAUAAGGAGGAAACAGAGGAGCAAACUGUAGACGCUGAACCAAAUUCAGAGGAAGACAAUGUUUUGGACGAAGAGUCUGAGCUGAUGUUAAAGAUGGGACUUCCUCUGUCCUUCUCCAGCUCCUCAGAAUACAAGAGAAACGGGAAGAGGGUGAACAAGAACCCAGCUCCAUUUUGGGUCAUGGGACCAGACGAAGAGGAUGAUUCUGAUGAUGUAGAAGAGGAUGAGCCUGAACCUGAGGCUGAACAAACAAUAGUCGACACAAAAGAGGAGGACUGGCAAAAGUACUGGGCUGAACAGGGGGAGUCUUUGCUCUGGACCCACUGGUUGGAGAAGAAUCCGGACUUUGGAUCUCAACCAGAUUUGGACCCUCCCUGGACCAACCCGGACCUAAAGACCUCCUGGGAUCUGCACUACAAGAAGACCUACUACGACUACCAAAACCAGUUCUACUACUGGACCGACCAGGGCUGGACUGUGGACUGUCUUUCAGAAAGUGGGACAGAGGAGCAGGGAGGAGGCGGGGAGAGAGAAGGGGAGGAGACCUAUCGACUGACUGAAGAAUUCAAAAGUUUUUGCACCUUAAAAACACCUGGAGAUUAUCCAAAUGUUGACAUUAAAAAUACAUUUGUGAAAAAUGAAGGAGGAGAGGAAGCAGAGCCGAGUGAUGGAGGAACUGAUGAUAAAAACCCCUCUGAAUGUUGCCCAGUCAACUCAGAGCCACAAACAGGGUCACAGCCGACUGCUGGAGGAGUGAACAGGAGUGAGUCCAGGAGGAAGAUGUCGUCCGAGGAAGAGGAAGAUGAGCCUCCAGAAAAGCCUCAGGUCAAACUCAAACGCAGUCAUGAGCUGGACCUAGAGGAGAGCCCACAGCCCAUGUCCGAAGAAUCCUGGAGAAAACUGGGACUUAAACGCAACCCAAACCCAAUCUUCUCGAGUGUGUUCAGUGCUAAAGGAUUUCAGAAACAACAGAAAAAGAAAAAACAAAACCGUAAGCCGAACAAACACAUUCGGUUCACAGACGACGACUCUCAGAGCAGCUCCACUCUCAGUAAGGUGAAGGAUUUUCUUGGGAACAUCCAAAGAAACACGGAAGUUUGUGAACAAUCGGAAGCUACAACAUCAGAGCCCAGUCCACAAUGCGAACCAGGAAAUAUGGACAUCGCAGAGGAGAGCAAAGAGGGAUUAAAGAAUGAUAGAAACAUGGAGGAGGAAGAGAAGAAAGAGGAGAUAGAGAACAUUGAGGAGGAGAGGACAGUCCCUUGUGGUUCAAAUAGCAGCAGUCUGUGGGAUCCUGGGGCAGAGGAGGGAGAUGAGGGAGAGGAGCUGAACCGAGCCCAGAACAAGAGACCUCUGCCCUGCUUAGAGACACCGGACUUCCUCCUGCCCGAGUCCUCUGAAGGUGUGAGUGCAGACAGCGCCCCCUGGCCUCAGAGGAACAGGAGAGGUAAACAGAGGAGGACAGAUCCGAUACCAGAGGAGGUUGCAGCUGAACCAGAGCUGGCCAAAUACUGGGCCCAGAGACACAGACUGUUCUCACGCUUCGACCAGGGCAUCCGGCUGGACAGAGAGGGCUGGUUCUCUGUGACCCCAGAGAAAAUCGCUGAGCACAUCGCUGUUCGAGUUCAGAGCACUUUUCGUUCGGCUCAGCUCAUCGUCGACGCCUUCUGUGGAGUUGGAGGGAAUGCCAUCCAGUUUGCCCUCAGUGGCAGCAGAGUCCUGGCGGUGGACAUAGACCCCGUGCGCUUAGAUCUGACUCGUCAUAACGCGGCGGUCUACGGCGUCGCUGACCGCAUGGACUUCAUUCAGGGAGACUUCCUGCAGCUCGCCCCCCGUCUCCGUGGCGACGUGGUUUUCCUGGCUCCGCCCUGGGGAGGCCCCGCCUACCUCAACGCCGACGUCUUCAACAUCCAGACCAUGAUGGAGCCUGACGGAUUUGAGAUUUUCCAAAAGGCCAAACUUAUUUCUGACAACAUCGUGUAUUUCCUGCCUCGGAACGCUGACAUGGACCAGAUCGCGUCGCUGGCUGGUCCCGGAGGUCGAGUGGAAGUGGAACAGAACUUUCUCAAUAACAAACUGAAAACCAUCACUGCAUAUUUCGGGGAUUUAAUAAAGUCCAGUGGCUCAGAGGAGGACUGUGUUUCCCACAAUGCAACACAACAAGACUGAGUUUAACAUACUGGGACAUUUUUAAUCUAGUUCAAUUAUGUGACCAACUUUGUUGGAAGUAACACUCUGUACUUUUUGUAUAUAUAUUUGCUCAUUUUAUUCAUUUAUAAAAUAAAUAGUUUUAUAUCAAAUGC